UCCGUACUCAUCCCAACCAAUGGCCACUACUCCGUACUCAUCCCAACCAAUGGCCACUACUCCGUACUCAUCCCAACCAAUGGCCACUACUCCGUACUCAUCCCAACCAAUGGCCACUACUCUGUACUCAUCCCAACCAAUGGUCACUACUCCGUACUCAUCCCAACCAAUGGCCACUACUCUGUACUCAUCCUAACCAAUGGCCUCUACUCCGUAUUAAUCCCAACCAAUGGCGACUACUCCGUACUCAUCCCAUCCAAUGGCCACUACUCUGUACUCAUCCCAACCAAUGGCCACUAAUCCAUACUAAUCCCAACCGGUUUCUCACCCCUUCAGUCUCCUCCUCACCUCACCCCUUCAGUCUCCUCUC